AUGAAGAAUAUCACCGCAGUGAUGGAAUUCCUGCUACUGGUUUUCUCAGAGGUCCAGGAGCUGCAGGUGAUCCACACCACGCUGCUCCUUCUGGUCUACCUGACAGCCCUGUUGGGCAAUUUCCCCAUCGUCGCCAUGACCCUCGACCGCUACGAGGGUGUCAUGAAUCGAGGGGCCUGUGUGAAGAUGGCCGACGCUUCAUGGCUGAGUGGGGGGCUGUCUGCUGCAUUACACACAGCCAGUACCUUCUCCUUCUCCUUCUGUGGGUCCAACGCUGAAGGCCACUUCUUCUGUGACAUCCCCAGUUAUUCACCAUCUCCUACUCUCCUGACCACCUCAGGGAGUUAUGCAGCCCCAGAAGGAAUCAUUCCCUCUCCUCCAACUGCUUUUGCGUUGCACCUCUGCAUUUGGCAUCCCUUUUCUAAAGGUUCUUUUAAGAUAUGGAUAGACAAGAAGCAGGGAGAGAUUCAGAUCUCCGAGGAAAUGAGCAAUCACAAUGCAGUGAUGGAAUUCCUCGACCUGGGGUUCUCAGAGGUCUUCAUUGUGCUUUUCUCUUUGCCUGCAGAGCUUUUUCUCCUCACAGAGAUGUUCUUCGACCUCUAUGUGGCCAUCUGUCACUCCCUGUGCUAUGAUGUCAUCAUGGACCGGUGGACCUGUGAAAAGAUGGCCGCUGCCUCAUGGCUCUUCGGGAGCCUGGCGGCAGUGAUACACAUACCCAGCACCUUUUCUCUCUCCUUCUAUGGGUCCAAUCACAUCCAUCUGUUCUUCUGCGACAUUCCUCAGUUGCUCCUCAUAUACUGCUCUCAAGGCACUCUCAGAAAGGUUGCGCCCAUCAUCAAGGGUAUUGUUCCAGACUUCUGGUGCUUUCUGGGCAUUGAUGUUUCUUAUACCUGCAUCUUCUCUGCCGUCCUGAAGAUGAUAACUAUAGAAGGUCGAUCCAAAGCCUUCGCCACCUGUCUGCCCCACCUUGGCGGGUCUACCAAGUCCGUUGUAAUGUAA